AUGUCUGCUGAUGAACUAGGAUCCCACUCCCUUAUCGAGUCAAGAAAUGUCUCAUCAGACAUGAUGGUUAUUCAAGCUAGCUCUACAACAUCAACUGAAGAAGCAGCUGGCCAACCAAGUUUCGCCAAUGAUGAACCUUGUACAGUUCAACCGGAGUCGAACGAAGAGCAUCUUUCUUCAAACGAAGAUCAUCCCAUUGUCAAACUUGAAGACCAGUGUCCCAAACAAGAAAUCAGUCUUAGCGCGUCUAACCAUGAGGUCACGCGCGCAUUACUGCAAAGAAAACAGCCCCUCAUGGAACUUGUCAGCUCAGAGGAGGGCUAUGUUAGACGUUUGAAGCUAGUUAAGGACUUCUACAUACCUGCAGUUUCCGCUCCUAGUACAGCUCCCUCAGGUGUUGAUAACAAUCCCUCAGGCACAGUAGGUUCAAUAACUCACAGUGAUUCGCAGAACCCACCACCAGUUGCUCCAGAGGAUCUAGCUGCAAGGUGGAGAAUUGUCUGGGGGAACUGGAUUCAGUUGUAUGAAUGGCAUUCAGCAUUUCUCGAGAAGCUUGUCAGUCUUGUGGACAGUGAUCCCGAUCGCAUACCAAAGCUUUUCAUCGAUUCACGUGCUCGCUUAAGAUCCAUAUACUCAAAAUAUUGUGAAAACCAUCGUAAGGCAGCUUUAAUAGCGGAACAAUACCAGGAUUUCUUCGAAGAGCUGCGCAUAUAUAUUGGUGACAAGGAGGAUGUUGUUUCACACCUAAUGCAACCCGUACAGCGCAUAAUGCGUUACCAACUUCCAAUCGCAGAGAUUCUAAAAUACACUCAGCGUGCUUGUUCCCCUGACCUUAUGCUAUGGAAAAAGACUCUUGAGAUCAUGAAAGAGAUUCCUAAGGACACACAGCUAAUUCUGGAGGUAAGUGAGGUGUUUCUUGUCUAG